GCAAAACUAAUGCAAGUGGGCAAAAGAAAAUAGCCCAAACUCUCUCUUUCUUUUCACAAAGCAUAUUAUUUAUAUGUACCGUCAAUACGUAUUGGAGACGGCCAUAACUUUCCCAAGAAAACCAAAAACAGACAAAACACAAUGCCUUCAUCGAUCCAAGUCCGCAGAGCCAACCCCGCCACCGUCAACCGCCCCAAACCCUCCCAAACUACCACCCACCCGGUCGUCCCAGUACCCGACUCCGUGGCUCGCUACCACACCCACACGGUCGCGCCCAAGCAGUGCUGCUCGGCCGUGGUGCAGACCAUCCACGCGCCCGUCUCCACUGUCUGGUCCGUGGUGCGCCGCUUCGACAACCCGCAGGCAUACAAGCACUUCCUCAAGAGCUGCCACGUGAUCGACGGCGACGGGAACGUGGGCACGCUCCGCGAGGUCCAAGUGGUGUCGGGUCUCCCCGCCGAGUCCAGCACCGAGCGCCUCGAGAUCCUCGACGACGAUCGCCACGUCAUCAGCUUCAGAAUUGUCGGUGGGGACCACCGCCUCCACAAUUACCGGUCCGUCACUACCCUCCACGCCUCCUCUUCCGGCGGAACAGGAACGGUGGUGGUCGAGUCCUACGUGGUCGAUGUACCGCCCGGCAACACUAAGGAAGAGACGUGCGUGUUUGUGGACACGAUAGUACGUUGCAAUUUACAGUCUUUGACUCAGAUCGCCGAGACCAUGGCUCGAGCGUAACAAACAAAGAAACGAGAUAUAAUAUUGGUCUUGAUUCGUGAAUGAUUCUUUUGCUUCUUUCUGUUUCUGAUAUGGGUCGGAUCGGCUGUCGUGGAUCAUUGAGAUCCAUAUUAUGGGAAAUUCGUAGAGUGUUAGGUUCUUGUGAAGGCUCUCUCAGAAGGCAAUGAUUGGAGGUGAUAAUAUGAUAAUAUGAUAUUGUUAUAUAUUAUGAUAUUAAGAUAUUGCCCCUAUAUGUAUAUGUUUAGAUCUUUUUUCCUUUACCAUCAAUCCCUUCUGAAGGUGCUUAUAAAUUGCUAGCUCCUACAUUAGCAUUAUAAAAUAUCACAGGUGUAUCAAAUAGUCUAUGUUUUAUGUAUAUUCAUGUCUCUUAAUUUCUUUGUGUGUGUUUUGUUAAUUUUUGUGUAUGUAAUUUUGAAAGUGGUACCAUAUAUAUAUACUCAUUGUGAAUUCUCCCUA